AUGCCCACCGAUCCUAGUGGGAUCGCUGAAGCUUUACUUUCCUGCUGGGAGUCCGCCAACGCAACAGAAUACUGCCAUUUGCUCGGGGAAGGAAAUUAUGAAGGGAUGGAGCUUGCUAGCGCAGGUGUCUCACUCACAGCAUUUGUUGGGAUUACGGACAAAUUGCUAGAUCUUCACCAUCAGUUCAAACACGCCCGAGAUGAGCUGGAACUUGCAGGCUUGCGGAUUGAACAACUUUCUAUCAAUCUCGACCUGCUCCAGAAAGUAGACGAAGACCUCUUGUCCACGGAUGAACCACAAUCCAGACUCCGGGACAACCUCAAAGAGACUAUUGUCAAUGGGAUAAAAUCUAUUGCCGUCAUCCAGAACCGCCUUCCUAAGGCAAUCACAAAAUCACGCAAGAGAAAUCGCAUCCGCUGGGUUUUACUGGAUCGGAUUACUUACGGUGAAUUGAUGACCGAAGUGAUGCGAACAGAAAAUUCCAUCAAUACUGCCUUGCACCUUAUUCAAUGGCUGACCAGGUCGGCGCCAACCCUCAAUACCUCUCAUGGCGAUGAAUGUACCUCUUUGCGACAUCUUGAGAGAGACGAGCAGCUGGGAUCGAACCCAAUAGCAAUUUUGGAACGUAGACAAACAUGCGAACCAACGGUACCAGAAGACACUUUCGAACGAACGUCUGUAUGUGAAGGAGACUCUGCGAUGGCAAUCGACCAUCGUCACAGCGUGCCGAGAAGACCUUGGUCAGUGACAAGCAACUAUUUCUGGGACUUGUGCAAUCUUACUUUGAUGAGUGCGUCUGCUGGCCUGUUUCACCGCAACGCCUAUGUAUGCUCUGUCCAACUGGAUUUUCUCGCCCGAAUCAGUCUCAAAAUCAACCUCAUAUUACAGUCGCGAGCUUGGAACACAGGUUUUAGAUUUCCCUUUCCGGCCACGAUCACCCUGACAUCGCUCAUACCGACAGACAGUCCAUUCAUGACAGCAUGUAGUGAUGGCGACAUAUCCAAGAUACGUGCAUUGCUCCAAUGUGGACUGGCUUCCCCAAUCGAUAUGACUGACAAAGGCGAGACCCCUCUCUCUCGAGCAAUCGAAAAUGGUCACAUAUCAGCCGUCAAGGUACUGCUUGAGAGUGGCGCGGAUGUGAAUGAACCGUUUGGACAGAAACACACAUCUGCACUCUGUUGGGCAAUAAAACACCGACACUUGGAUAUCUGCAGACUGUUAAUACAGCGUGGAGCUUCUUAUCACCACUUAACAAUGCACGGCUGGUCCGCAUUAUUUUACUUGUGGCCUGGCACUGAGGAGCGGCAUCCAUUAUCUUCAGAUCUUAUCAACUUGUUGCGUAACGAGGGUGAUUUUUCAUUCCUCCACCAAGGCAUCAUCGAUGCUCAUAGUUGGGGACUAAUCCAUCGUGCGUCGAUAUUCGGCAAACCAUCGGAUCUUGAGUUACUGAUGGCAGCAGGUGUGGAUCCUUUCCAGCCCAUAGGAAAUCUGGGUUGGACGACUAUACAUAACGUCGUGGACUACGGCGUACAUGACAAUUUCCUAGUGCUAUUUCCGGCAUAUACUCAGAAAUACGGUGUUAACCCGGCUCGCGACUUGCACGAUUCGCGAGGGUGGUCCUUGUUACAUAUAGCAAUUGCAUCAAUCCAAUUCAAUCGAGGUCACAGGCAAAUCAUCAGGAGCUUGCUUGAGCUUGGAGCAAACCCGCAUGCGCAGACGGAGCUCAUCACGGAGGAUAAUCUAGAGAGCCUUCGAGGCAGCCGAUGCUCGUCUUUGCAACUGGCACUGGCAUUUGGCAAAGACAGACAUCUUGAGUUGCUGAGCGCUAUCAACGAUUCCAUGCAGAUGGACAGCGAAGAUGACUCUCCUGAUGAAGGACAAGAUAUCUGGCACGAUUCUGUUGAGGUUGUGACGGGAGAAACGGAGGGAGACAAGCUGCCUUGA